UAUCACGUUUUUGAUUUCAUGGUAGAUUAAGUAGCAUAGAAAUUUUGAUGUCAUUCUUAGAAACUAGGGUCCUAUCUCAUAGGCAAAGAGUUUGCAGAUUAUAUAAACAAUCCCUAAAAACGCUAAGAGAUCAUUAUGACUUAUAUUACCUGUGGAGAUAUCACGCCGUUGUGCUGAGGGCUCGAUUCGACGCCAAUAAAGACGUUAUAGACAUGAUCAAAGCGAAGCAGCUUUUGAUGGCAGGAGAAAGGGAAUGUCACAAAUAUAGGCACCCUCAGCCCCUGAUCUUUCCUUCAUCUCCCGGCGGAGUGGCGUACGAAAGAUAUCCAGCUAUCGACGAUGUUAUUUUAGAUUUUUGGCACCCGCUAGAAAAAAUGCAAUACCCCACCUAUUUUUCCACGAGGGAAAAACGGAAGAAGGAGUACAUCAAAUUGUAUAAUGAAAAAUAUGGUCCCGUACAUAUAGCCACCGAAGAUGGACAUUAAAAACGAGUUUUUGGGAUGAUUGGCAUAUUAAAAAAUAACAUGCAUUCUUUAUUUAUUUUCCAUUGUUUUUCCGAGGAUUUAUAAUUUUAUGUAAUUCAAAAAAAAAAUAUUUGGCUUCAUAAUUGAAUCAAAUAAAUGAUUUUUUUAAUAUA